GCACUUGUAUAUGAAAUAUGGAAAAUAGAGAAACUUUACCUUCGUUAUCUUCUACUUAUACUUCAGUUAUUCCCGUGAAAUGUAUCUAUAAACAACAAGAUAUAGAUACUUUUACACAGUCACUUGCUUUCGAUCGCUUAUUGACUUUUAUCAUGCUAUUGAAUCAAAGCGUACUAGGUAAAAAAGUUUCUGACAUUCAGUCUGUUUCCCCACAAGUACAACAAAUAUUGGAUCUAUUAGAUAUAUUGGAUACCUGGAUCAAUGACUUUCCUCCUUUACAUAAUCCUCAACGUUUUGGUAACAAAGCUUUUCGACAAUGGUUACAAAAAGUAGAACAGGAAACAAGUACACUGAUGACUCGGUCACUUCCAAGGUCACUUCAUGUCGCUUUACCAGAAUUGAAUGUUUAUUGGAUGGGUAGCUUUGGAAAUGAAACUCGAAUAGAUUAUGGAUCAGGACAUGAACUUAGUUUUUUGGCUUGGUUGUGUGGAUUGGCAAUGAUGGAUUAUUUGACAUCUGAUGAUUAUCCUGCUGUGGUAUUAUCUAUUUUUACUAGAUAUUUGGAAUUAGUUCGUAAAGUGCAAAGAACUUGGUCUCUUGAACCUGCUGGAAGUCAUGGUGUUUGGGGAUUAGAUGAUCAUCAAUUCCUUCCUUAUGUGUGGGGUAGUGCUCAAAUGAUAGGCCAUUCAAAGUUGAAACCUUCAUCUAUCACCAAACCUGAUAUUGUGGAAAUGAUGGCAAAGGAUUAUCUGUAUUAUCGAUGUAUUCAAUAUAUAGGACAGGUAAAACGUGGACCUUUUCAUGAACAUUCACCUAUGCUUUUUGAUAUAUCAGCCGUGGCAAGUUGGAACAAGGUGAACACUGGUAUGGCGAAGAUGUAUGUUGCUGAAGUCUUGAAAAAAGUGCCUGUAGUACAACACUUUCCAUUUGGUCACUUGUUUCCUUUUAUAAAAAACACUUCAUCCUCAGAAAUAGAAUAGAUAUAUACGUUCAAUAAUUUAUAUACGUUUACAAAUAAAUAAAAUAUCAUAGAACAUUUUUUCUUUUAUAUUGCUACUAUGAAGCAUACUAAGAAAAAGUCAAAAGUGAAAUACUCAGCGUUGAUUGGACAGGA